UAAAUGUUUAAAUUCGGCGCGUUCUUUUCCCAGAUAUUGAUACUUCCUUUUAUGACUACGCUCUGAUAUUAGCCGUGGUCGUGGAGCAUUUUCCUUCUUGCCUGUCGCUGUCAAGAGCAUUCCUCAUUUCUUCGAGCGUGUUCGACGCAGUUUAGCUUUGAUUCGAAAUUACAAUGGCCUAUGUGUAUGUUUCCUUUUUCGAUGAACUUCUUUAGUCUUCCGCUUUAGGAUAAUUCUUUCGCAUGCGCAAUGAUGGAGGUCUCCGGUAAGACCUCGUUCUUCUGGCGGCAAAAGGCAGCGCAGAUGGCGCAAGGCAUGUUUGUAGGCGCGAUUCUGGGCGCCACGAUGGCUGUGACGCGUCGAGUUAUUGCCGGUGGGCACUUGCACGGACUGCGGCAGGAGGCCGCCGCAUAUUGUGAGGAAAAAAUUCCCCCUCCCCAUAUCAAAACGAAGUUUCUGAUGCCGGAUUUCCGUACACAAAUCAAAGCUGUCUUGCAGUAGAGGAUUGGAGGCAUAUGCCGCGCCUGUGUACAGAGCUUCUGGCGUGGACGCUUAGCAUCACAAAUGUCUAUGCUGUAGCCCAAGCAGCAUCACAAACCGUCCGAAUAAUGCGGCGGAGACUGUAGAGUUGCCUUCUUGCAAAACAAAUGCGAUUUGUGAUCUCAAAUCAGCAAGACAGAUUUUCGGAAACAUGCCUUUUCAAUAUGGGGAGGGGGGGUUUUUCCCUUCAAUACCGCAGGCGGUGCCUUCAUGGGGUGCGUGCUCGGCGUCGGCAGUUUGAUUCGGCACUGAAGAGCCUGGUGGAGGUGGAGGAGCUCGUGCUACAAGCGUUCCUAUGGGGUAAAAAGUUGUAGAAUAUAAUGCGACGGUACUAGUUGCACUGCCAGAUUGUUACCUUCCCUGUCUGCGCGUACUUACGAGUUGUCUGCCGGAUUCGCGGCCACUUCCUUGAACAACUUCUGCAAGAAGUCUGGCGUCGUGCACGAGCAUGCUCUGCUUCACAUCGCGACACGCGGCAUUUGUAUCGAGUGCAGCAACAUUUUUUCGUGCGGGUUUUCUGCUUAACGCGCCCAAGUUUUCGCGUGCAUCGCGAGGAACAGGCAGCUCUGGGACAGCACGGCAGAGCCAGCACACUUUGAAUCCAGUAGCAUCUGCACAGGCUGUCGCAGAUGGAGUGGAGCGAAGGCAAACCUCAACCUGUGCAACAUUGCAGACGCGAAUGCGGCAUCCUAUCGUGCUCCCGUCAUCAUGUUUGUUCUCCACCUCAGGUUGGCAAAGACUCGAACAAGCAGGUUCCUCCAGCGGAGCAGAAGAUCGACGAGAAGAUAGCGGCGCGACAUCCAACCUUCCAGCAGCUUGUGGUGUCCGUACGGAAGUAGAUGCCGGCUUGUCGUCGACCCAGCUCUCGUCGAGAAUGCUGCAGCAGAGACACGGCAUAGCGCUGGUGGGCAGGCCCCCACAGUUGCAUUCGCCACGCCUGUCGUUCCUGUCUGGCGCGCCCACCAGUGGAGGCCAGCAUGCGAGCGUCCGCGGCCCAGGCACGUGCGUCGCACGCUACUGGCACGAUUUAAAGAGGUGGGCCAUGACCUACAGGUGUGCGGCGAGUGUGGUAUCAAUAGACAGGGAAAACGAAUGGAAUAGGGAUCAACAUACUGCACGCGCAACCGACCGACUUCAAGAAGAAGAAAGUGAAAGACCUGACGACAACAGAAAGAUUUCUGUAGGGGACAGCGACGUGUUUUUAGACGAAGGCAAAGAGACCACGCGUCAUCCGUACCUUUCCAGCAGCCUACGGUCGGACGAAGUUGUACUAGGCGGUCCUGCUGCUGCUCACGAUGCUGUCGCUGACGAUGAUUUUUCCCGUUUGAUGAUGCAUGGGGCAACGGAAUCCGAAGAUCUUGAUCAUGCGACUCCUAGUCUUAGGGGAGCAGAACAAGAAGCUGCAUCACAUUGUUUCUUAGCUUCGAAAUCUUCAGACGGGAGAUUGACGGUUGCCGGGACAACAAGCGCCCAAACUGCAAAAGGAAGCACGACCCAAGAUGGAGAACAGCAGGACCAGCGCUGCUCCGGCUACACUAAAGAUACUGCUGCAAUCUCCUCAUGCGCCAGUCGAAGCAGCGCGACAAGUCUUGCGGUUGCGACUUCUCCUACAGAUGGAAAAAUUACGUCCCUUAAUAAACGGACCUCACGCUCCACCUCUUCUGCCGCUCUCGUAGGGACGAGCGUUCGACACGAGCAGCAUCUGAAUAUGCCGUUGGGAAUGCAGUGGCAGCGUCGCUACGACGAGAUUAUGUUGGCUUCCCCGGAAUCUCUACCGCCCUUUCUGCGCGCACUGACGGAGAAAAUUUCGGUCGUCCGCUCGCAGCGGGAGCGGCGCAUCCCGGACAUUCGACAGCAUGCCGUGCUGGCUGCAAACCGGAACGCCGUGAUGCAGGCCCGCAAAGUGAUUUACGUGGCCUUUCCGGAGGAUCCCAGACUGGGCACGCAGAGCGACUCCCUGGCCAGCACCCUUUUCCUGCAGGCGAGUCGGCAGCCCGCAGCGACCGAUUUGGUCGCGCAGUUGGCACGCGCCCGUUUCAGCAACGUGAAAUCGAAAAAUGACUUCUGGCUACGCGUCUUCGGCAAGGGUGGAGGAGCUCUGACUGUAUUAUUGCUGGAAUCGCUGCAAUCAUCAGGUCCGCACUGCUUCCGGCACCUGCACGCGGAGCGUCUCGAGUUUUGGCGUAGGGAGCUGGAAUCCUUGUGUGGCUCAGCCGAUGUUGUGGCGGUGGCGACGGACUAAGCAUAUGGCAGUAUCGAAGAACAGCUAGGAUCACGAAUUUCUGGAUGACCACCUGCAUAAGUUCUAAGCGCCGACGGUAGGCAGUGGCAUUGUCGAAGUAGCGCAGGUGCUUUGUCGAAUCAUGCCUCGUCCGAGGACGCGAGGUUUUUUCAUGAUGAGCGCCCCUAUUUCGCUGCUACGUUUCUGGGAUUGCGAAAGUACAAAACGAAAACCAUGACUGUGUCAAUCUCAAUCAUGACUAGGCGAAAAGCAGAAAUAAAGUAAGAGUUUGUUUUCAAGUCAGAAUGCGAAUAGGCGGAUUGGUGGAUCAUGCACUUACGUUAACGAACAGGAAGCGCAACUCGAGAUGAAUAGAAUACGACCUCUACCGCAGCUCGAGAAUACAAAAUCUAUAAACCUACGCGAAGAAACUUUUCUGCUUUUACAACCAGUCCUCAAAGAACAAGCUUCCUAAUAAAGCCAAGCUUUCGCUGGGGAUUCAAUCUGUGACUUUUUCCGAGCAUUUGCCAUUCAGCAGAAGGACGAAACAUGAUGAACACAGUGAGCAGCAGCAGGAUCCCCUUAUUUAUAAUCGCC